UCAACUCGCCUCUCAAGUGUGUCCUUAAGAUCUUAGCCAGAGCAUUUUAAAUGAGUGAGGAAUCAUUUAUUUUGAAUUCUUCAAUGAUGUCGUGAGAUAAAGCUAUGUGAAGUGUGUCAUCAACAUCAACAUCGUAGAUGUUAUUUGGGUGGCGUGAAGUGGUGGUGUUGGGAAAUAUACCAGAUAAAAGGAUCGAUUGAUGAACGAAGCCAAUGAAUACUUUUGCGUUAUGAUUGUUGCAAAGUGUCUGGCACAUCCCAUCCGAGUUGUAAGCACUCUUUGCGUCCUCAUUCUGACAACGUACAACGUAAUUUUGACAUUGCGUUUCCUGCACUUGCCAGGCUGCAGGGAUUCAGACCAGCAGAUCCGCCUGAUUCCAGACCUACCGAAAGACACAGCAACCAUUCCCAAAGCUCCACAAAUCACAACACCUACCUGCGUCUACCAACAAUAUCAGCUAUCUGAUGAUUUGACAGCGAACGGAGAGAAAACCGCCUUUUCGGACAUUGAUUUCAAUACAGGAAGGUGGGAUAAUCAGCGACUCUACAAGUACUUCGAUUUCGCCAUUGUUGGUGAGAAAUUCAGUGAACUCAGCGAACAGUUUGCGGUAUGCCUUGCAACACAAAGUUCGCUGGAGCGGCUCGACUCACUUGUACAGGUGGCCGACCAUUGGACUGGCCCUAUAUCUGUGGCCGUCUUUGCAGCUGGAGACGAUGAGUUCCAACUGUUGCAGCUUUAUGUGACCUAUCUGCGAAAAUGCUUCCCAGCCGUUCGUGAAAACGUGAGUUUUCAUUUGGCCUUUCCAAAGGCACGACUGCCAACGAUAAACCGCUGGGCUAAGCAUUUAUUUCGCUCGAACAUAUGCGAUAGGCCGGACAUAGUACUGAAAAGGCUAGUAAGGAGGCGAUCAAGUGAAACUGAGAAAUGGCGGAUCAAAAAUCUGUAUCCGCAGAAUCAUCUGCGCAACUUGGCGAGAAAAGGCUGCCAAAGUGAUAAUGUAUUUUUAACUGAUGUAGAUAUUAUACCGAGUUAUAAUUUUACCGAAAAUUUGGAUAAAUUUUUACGUAAUGUGAAAUGUACAAAACUAUGUGCCUACGUGAUACCGACGUAUGAAAUUGAUUUGCGUGUACGAUUCCCAAGCAGUAAAGACGACUUACUGAGGCUGGUGAAGAAGGGGCUGGCCCGACCUUUCCAUCAAAAGGUCUUCAUCUACAAUCAAUAUGCCACGAAUUUUUCAAGGUGGCAAAGCGAUAAGUCUAUCCCGGGGAAGGAGGAUGAAACUCAUAUAAGUCAUACAGUAACAAACUUUGAAUUUUUAUACGAACCGUUUUAUGUUGCUGAUGAUAAGGUGCCCCCUCACGAUGAACGAUUCAUAGGAUAUGGAUUUACAAGAAAUUCGCAGGUAUAUGAGAUGUUCGUUGCUGGCUACACCUUCAAGGUUCUAUCGCCAAUCUUCACAUGUCAUUGGGGCUUGCAGGUGAAGAAGACGCGUCCUGACUGGAGAGAGCAACAAAAUAAUGCAAACCGCAAAAAAUUUGAUACUUUCAAAAGGGAAAUUCUGGUCCGAUAUAAAAAAGAUCAAUCAAAAUUGUUCCCAAAGAAAACAAAUAAAAAUGUUUAACAUUAACUGAUGUCCUGACAGACCCUGACAAAAGGAUCUAAGUCUAAAGAAAGUGCUAAAAUCAAUUCAUCCUGAAUGCUUUAAGAAUCAGUAAUAAUGUGAAAAAAUCCCAUCUAAGUUCUAAGUGUAGUUAGAUAUUGUGCGUGGUGGCCAUAAUCAAUCUAAAAUUUAUUACGAUAAUUAUUUUUAGUCGCCGUUAGUUAAUCGUUUAGUGCAUUCUCGACUCAUCGUGUUCUGUUCAGAUUCGAUCCAUAGUUACUUUCUGAAUUGUUGUUUAUAGCCAAAUUUAUUGACACCAAGAAAGAGAAAAUGAACAUUUUAAAUUUAGGUGACCGUUAGGAAGAAAUAAGAUGUGUAUUUCUUAUUUUUGAUGAAAAUUGUUUAUAUUAACAACAUGGAUAAUGAUAAUUUUCUAGAAAUAAAUGUAAAAAGAAAUGAGAAA